AAUCUUUCAAAUCACAAAUCUCAUAUAUCACAAAUCACAAAACUCACAGAAUCAAUCUAAUGGCGUCUCAAGAAACCAUAACCGAUCAAAGAGAAGGAGCUGAGAUCGUCAAUGGCGCAUCAACGUGCAAGCAAAAAGCAAACGAGAUGUUAUCGUCCAUGAAUCUACCAAAAGGUCUUCUCCCUCUAGACAACAUGACAGAGAUCGGUUACAACAAAUCAACCGGUUUUAUAUGGAUCAAGAUGAACAACAAUGUUCAGCACCAGUUUAAAGCCAUCGGCAAAAACGUAUCGUAUGAUGCGGAGGUCACUGCGUUCGUUGAGAACCGUCGGAUGCGUAGUCUCACAGGAAUCAAGAGCAAAGAGCUUUUCAUUUGGGUUACGAUCACUGAGAUUUAUAUUGAUGAUCAAGAUACCACGAAAAUUACCUUUGCUGGUCGCUCGGGAUUGUCACGUUCUUUUCCCGUCUCUGCGUUUGAGGAAGAGGAGAAGUGAUUUGUCUAUCGUCUUAAAACUUUGCUUCGUGAACUAUAUAUAGCUGUUUAUGUAUUGUUUCCCUCCCUUUAUUCCAUAAAUAUGUAUUAUUUAUCUGCAUCUUU